AUGGACACUGGGCGACAUAUCAUUGUUAUGGAACGUGAAAGUAUUUACGAUUUGGCACGAAAAAAGUGGGCAGAAAAAGUGACAGGUGUUCAACACUUUCGUUCGCACUUUGCUUGAAAAGCAGGAGUAACACAAGAAGGCAGCGGCAUGGUCACUUUAUCUAGGAAAGAACCACUCCAGGGCUGGGCUUUAAAGACGCAAAGGAAAGGCCAGCGAGCAACCCAGAAUGUGAAGAACUUCCUGCUUGAAAAGUUCAAUAGUGGAGUAGAAACAGGUAACUCGACUAACAAAUUUUUCUGCUUUACCCUUGCGGUUUGGCUUACUGCUUUUAAACGUAAGGAAAAUCAAGUGUGUAGAGAGCAAGUUGAAAGAAAACCCAAUUCCUUGUAUAUUUCUGCCCAAUAAAAGACCCCAUGCAGUUAAAGAAAAUCCGCAACUGGAUUAAGCCCGUGAGGGGAACCUGUUUUAAAUUGAGUUCAGUCCUGUCAGUUCAGUUACAGUUCAGUCCUACCUCAGUGUAUCGUGAUGAAAGUCUUGAAAAAUAUGAUUAAGUGUGUUCUUAUUACAGGAAACAAAGAAGACCCAGUCAAAGUAGCAAAUGAAAUGUGCUCACUCAGGGAUGAUAGUGGAAAACUUCGCUUUGCUCCAGAGGAGUGGCGAACAGCAAAACAAAUCAGCAGUUACUUUUCACGACUCGCUGCUGCACAACGCCAAAAUAAGGCUGUUGGAAAACUCCUGGAUGAAGCUGAAAACAUUGACGAAAACGACUUGCAGACUUGGGACAACGAGCAAAGGCUGAGGGAGUUACAAGUAUCAUUAUACAAUCAAGUGGAUUUGCAUCAUCCCAUCAUUUAUGAUGGCCAUGACAUUUGUAGUCUUGCCAAGCGGGGAAAAUUACAGGCAAAUUUUAAGGUCGAUCAACUAAAAGAGAUCUGUGACACAUUUGGGGUAGCUAUCGAAGGGCCUGUUGGUCGUAAGAAAUCAUAUAUUACUCCCAUUGAGGCCCUUGUUAAAACAUGCAGCUACUCUAAAUAG